UAAUAAUUAAUUAAACAAACAUUAUUUUACAGACACAGGUGGGUAUUUUUAACUAUCGUAAUAAAUCGUUAUCGUAGACUGGAGUUAUCUUUAACCUGGAUUUCCCGUAUAGUAAUAUCUGACGAAUAAUGUUAACAGCAUGCUGUCCCACGGAUUUAUCUAUAAAUUUUUCUUACAUUCAAAGUAGAUCCACACCCACUAAAUAUAUGACUAACAUUCGACAAUUGUGUAACCAUUUACUUAUGCUUUCAUCAUCGCUUGUCAUCGUAAGAGGUAAAUAUAUAAAAUAAAAAUACGGCAAAGUAAAUAAAGAAAGAAAUGACAAUACCGAACUGACUUUUCUUCUUUUAAUGUAAUCAGUAAUAUUUUGUAAACCGGAAACUAUUCGCUUAUAAGUACAACCGAGGGUUUUUACUUGCCAGUUAUAGUUUUUUACUCGAACGUUUAGUGUCUACAUUUAUUAUGAAUUACUAUAAGCUUAUUUUAUUUCUGUGGUUUGUGACUGUGCUACAGGUUAUGGGCCAGCUUGAGGAUCAUUUUAAUGAGAAAUGGAUUGUUGUUAAUAAAACUAAUUUUUAUAGGUGCUUGAGGUACUGUAUUGAUAAUUUUGAAUCUCAGGCGGACUAUUUAAAUAUUUUGUGGAGUGAUAAUCAAUUUCUUGAUCAAAGAUCAAUACCGACCGUUGAAAACGCAUUAGAAUCAACAUGCGACACCUCAAUAAAAAUCGACUGCAAUAAUUCAUUUGCUGAUUUGCCAACUAAACUGGAGUCAAUGACUAGAAAAUAUGAGUUCGUAAAUGAAUUAAAAUUUAAUGUCAACAGCGAGACUGAAUUACUGCAAUUUACAAUAACGGGAAAUAUUUCAUGGCUUAUGCUGCAAAUUCCUCUAGGAACAAGAAAAAGAUCAACAGAAACGUUAUUGUCAUUAAAACAAAAUAUUCAGACAUCAGAAAAUUAUUUUCUGAUAAAAAAUCCACCGCCCGGCGAGCUGAAACUUAAAAUAAACAAAGAAGACUUAGAUCCUUGGAAUAAUAUAAUUAUGUUGGUAAUAAAUAAAUCAACAAGUUUAUCACGAAUCGACUUACCUAGUCGUAUAGAUUCUCGUGAAGAUGAUUCCAGCUCAAAAAUGAACCAGGAAAUUUAUGAAGUCGACGAAGUUUUAGUUUCUGGAAACAAAAAUAUUGAAAGAAUGGAUUUAACGCAAUUGGAAAAUGAAAAUGAACUUACUAAGAAGGAUGUUAUUGUUGACAUUGCCUACGAGACUAAAUUAGUAGCGAUACCGGGAUUCAUUCAUACUAUUUGGUUCUCUGUUACAAAUACGGUUAAUUUUGACGUUUUGUAUCAGUUUGACGUACGCAGUAGCCAAUAUCAAAUUGUUCGUGGUAUCGAACCCAGUUGGAUCCACGCUGGACAGACGCUAAAUAUUCCAGUACGAAUAGCGGUGCCGAGAAACGCAAACGAAUUUUAUGUCAAUACUAUCAAUCUAUCGGUCAAAGGCAAUAAUUUUGGAGAAAUUUCUAAAUCUGCGUAUAUUUAUAUACAGAAUUCUACUGGCGCGAUAGUGAACAGUAAAGAACCAGAGAUAGAAGUUUACUUCAAUGAUAAUUGUUUCGGUAAAUCAAGCCGAGACCGGUGUAGCUUGAGCCAAUGGAGCGCCGAAAUUCUAGUGAAAAAUGACCAGUCUGGAGUUAAGAGCGUGAUAUCAGAGCCAGCGGGUAUCCAGCCUUUGACAAGCUUUAUCGCUGGUACUAAAUCUUCAGUUUACUUUUACUACAGCUCGACUUGCUACAACAAAGUCGUGACGCUCCGAGUUAUUGACAUCAACCAGAACUCUUUUACUAAAACAAUCGACGUGACAGCCUGGGACAAUUUAACAACCGGGGAAAUAAUAGCUGCUGUAGUUGGAACGAUACUUAUUCUGGUUAUUUUGAUGAUAAUUAUCAUUGGGUGUAUUAAUUGUGUAAAAAAACGUAAAAACGCAGACCUUACUUACACUCAACGAUACGGAUCACGACCAACGCCUUAGAGAUAAUUAACUAAGCAAAGUUAAAUAGUUAACUGUUUAUAUUUUACGUAAUAUUUUUUAAUAUUAACAUAAUUUAACUUGCGUCAUGAU